CAAGUCCUAAAAGAGAACACGUAUAUGGACGACAUAUGCGAUUCCGUCCACACUGUAAAUGAGGCCAAGAAGCUGACGAGUGAAAUAGAUGAGGUGUUAGCUGAAGGGGGAUUCCGAGUAAAAGGCUGGCUAUCUAACAAAGCUCUGGAAGAAAACUACAACAGUGACAAGGAAGAUGAGAGAAUGAAGUUUCUGGACACCACAACUGAAGAAAAAGUGCUGGGGACAGUAUGGAACCGCAAAACUGACGAAUUCCACUACAAGGUCAACUUGGACUUGGACAAGAAUUUGUCCACCGAUGACCGAGAAGUGAUGCAGAGAAAGUUAACAAAGCGUCAAAUCCUGAGCCAGAUUGCACAGAUCUUUGACCCGAUUGGAUUUGCUGCAGCCUUUCUAAUCCGUUACAAGAUUGGAAUGCAGCAGCUAUGGCAACAGGGUCUAGACUGGGACCAAGAAAUACCCAAGGCAGAUCAUGACCGCUGGAUUCAACUAUUCAAAGAGAUGAAAGGGUUGAACGAGAUCAGUUUCAAAAUAUGUCUCACCCCGUCGAAUGCUGUUGGUGUGCCCAUGCUGUGUAUCUUCUGCGAUGCUUCAGAGGAAGCUUUCGGAGCCUGUGCCUAUGUUCGAUGGCAAAUAUAUGAUGGCAACUAUGAUGUCCGAUUCGUUGCAGCCAAGUCUAGAGUAGCACCACUGAAGAGGCUCACCAUCCCACGAUUGGAACUGCAGGCAGCAGUUAUGGGUACAAGGCUGUACCAGGCCAUCAUGGAAGAAAUGCGCCUACCAGUGAAGGAGGCAGUGUUUAUGACUGACAGUAUGAUUGCCCUAUCUUGGAUUCGAAGCCAAGCCAGAGGUUUCAAACCAUUUGUAUCCAACCGAGUGAGCGAGAUUCAGAGCCAAACAGAUCCGUCACAGUGGAGGCAUGUUCCAGGAGAGCUGAAUGUAGCAGAUGAUGUCUCUCGUGGAGUACCUGUGAAACAAUUGACCCAGCGUUGGAAAAAUGGUCCAGAAUUCCUGCGCUUCCCAGAACAAAGUUGGCCACAAGAAGCAGAGAGGGUGAACCAGAUAGAGGUAGAUAAGGAACGACACAAGACCCAAGCUGUAUUCAUAACAACCGAAACUCAGGAAGUCAUUGACGGCAAGAAGUAUUCCAGCUGGAGAAAGCUAAUCAGAGUCACAGCCUACGUUCAUCGAUUUGUCCAGAACAUGCGAGCCAAGAUGCAGUCUUGUGUAAACAAGGAGUCUAAACAGGGUCCACUCUCACCUCAGGAGCUGACAGAAGCUGCCAACUACUGGAUUAUCAAGGCACAGAAAAAUCUACACAAACGCAUGGCCAACGGAGAGUUCAAGUCAUUGAGUCCCUUCACCGAUGAUGCAGGAAUCUUGAGGGUUGGAGGCCGACUGCAGGAGUCUACGAUGUUGUACACUACAAAGCACCCAGCACUGCUUCCCCAUGAUCAUCACAUUUCCAUUCUGAUUGUGCGGAAUAUACACCAACAGGGCCACACUGGUGUUGCCACCACUGUUGCGAAAACAAGACAAAGAUACUGGAUCCUGAAGGCACACAACCUAGCCAAGACGAUCAAAUACCGCUGUGUGGUUUGUAGAGAAGCAGAGCACAAACUUGAGACACAGAUCAUGGCUGAUUUACCGAAGCAACGCCUGGCACCAUACACGCCACCAUUCUACUUCACGUCAUGCGACUACUUUGGACCCUACCAAGUGAAGAUUGGACGUAACAAGACAGCCAAACACUAUGGAGUGAUCUUUACUUGCCUGAACACCAGAGCAGUGCACCUAGAGCUGGCAGUAGACUGUUCCACUAUGGAAUACAUUCAAGUGCUCCGCAGAUUCUUUUCUAUUAGAGGCUAUCCAGCUAAGAUGAUUAGUGACAACGGAACCCAACUGGUCGGAGCACAACGGGAACUUCAAAAGAUGAUUCAAGGUUGGAACAUCGAAGAGCUGAAACAGUUCGGGGCAGAGAAAGGCAUGGAAUGGAAGUUCAUCACACCAAGAGCACCACAUCAAAAUGGGUGUGCAGAGGCAUUAGUCAAGAGCUGCAAGACCGCGCUGAAAAGGGCUGUUGGGGCUCAGGUGCUGACUCCAUUUGAGCUUUACACAGUUUUACUAGAAGUUGCGAACCUCGUAAACCAACGCCCGAUUGGAAGGAUCCCAAAUGACCCAGAUGAUGGUUCCUACCUGAGUCCGAAUGAUAUACUACUUGGAAGGGCAUCGGCUGAUGUUCCUCAGGGGCCAUUCCAGGAGACCCAAAAUCCUAGGCACCGCGUGGAGUUUGUGCAGAAGAUCAUUGACUCUUUCUGGAAGCGCUGGAGCCGAGAUGUUCUACCCUGCCUGGUACCACGCAAGAAAUGGAGAGCUGAAAGGCGUAACGUACGGGUUGGUGAUGUGGUAACUGUGUCAGAUACCAAUGCAGUCCGGGGCAAGUGGUGUGUCGGUAGGGUUCUCGAGGUCUUCCCUGGAUUGGAUGGCAUGGUGAGGAACGUGAAGGUGAAGACUGAGAGCGGAGAGUACCAGAGGCCUAUCACAAAGAUAGCAGUGAUCUACCCGGCAGAAGGUUAUGAUGAGGACUAGUCGCUCAUCGGGGCGAGGAUGUUCCACUGAGCCAGUGACCUGUGAGAUUGUGACUGUAGCUUGAAGAGCGCCCUCUAUUGACUGUAGUUUAUUGUUUACAUGUGGUUUUGUCAGCCAUGUUUCAGCAUGUUUUACUGUAGCAGUUUUUAGCCGAAAAGUUUGUAGUCAAACCAGCAGUUAAUCAGUUUCUACUUCAGAGAUUAUGGACACCUGGUUAUCCUAGAGUCUUGCCAAAGAAUUCGAAUUACAUUAAAAUACGAAAGCAAGAUUUCUAGUCCGUGUCACACCUGUAUGCCUUACUCCUCGAUGAGCCAGUUGGGUUGCUUGAGAUAAGAUGCCAGUGUCUGGAGAGAGCACGCUUGAUGUCCAUGUGUUUUACAUGGGGGUUGUUAGUCGUGGUGAAGACGAGGGGAAGUUCUUUUUGGGUUUUCACUUGUUCUGUGUGAAUCAUAUAUUUCCUUUGUGAGAAAUCGAUGGAUUGCUUGCACUUGUGAAUAUCGGCUUGAUUGUAGCCUCUCUUCAGUAGUUUUUCUUCGAAACUUUGUACUUUGUGUAAGAAGUCGUCCUCAUUGUUUGUGUUUCUGGCAUAUCGUAGGAUUUCUCCUUUGAUAAAACCUUGGAACACAUGGUUUGGAUGGGAUGAUGUUCUUUCCAAGUACUGAUAUGUUUCCGUAGGUUUCGUGAACACUCGUGUGUCUAGGGUACCCGUGGAGAGGAAACGCGGGCCUUUAAAGAUGGUAAGGUCCAGGUAUGUGAUGGAAGUUUCAGAUGCCUCAAAUGUGAAUUUGAGGGUGGGAUGCAAUUGAUUCAACUGGUGAACAAAUUGGGUGAAGGAUUCGAGUUGGCCGUUGUAGACGAUAAGUAUUUCAUCUCUAAAUCUUGCCCAGAACAGGAUUCUGUCUGUGAGGGCUGAGAUUUGUAACUCAAAAUCAUGUAGCGUAAUGUCGCAAAUUUCUGGACUAGCCACAGAUCCCAUUGCACAUCCUAUUUUUUGUCGGAAGAAUUUUCCUCCGAACUGGAAAUAGUUGCGGCCCAGAACGAGUUCCAGGAGAGUGCGGAUGUGUUUUGAAGGGGGUUUGGUUAUGGUAUAGUUGUGGUUGGUUUUUUCGUAGGCUUUGCAUACUGAUUCAAUGGCUUCUGCCUGGUGAAUGUUGGUAUACAUGGAAACUACAUCGAUGCUUGCAAGGAGUGAGUUUUGUGGGAAGGUUUCCUUUUCUAAUUUCCGCAAAAUGUCUGUGGUGUCACGGACAUAAGUGGGUUGGGCGGAUACUAUUGGAAGGAGAAAGUAAUCCACAUACUCAGAUAUCUUGGCUGUUGGACUCGUGCACCCGCUGAUGAUGGGUCUACCGACAAAAGGCUCACCCGGUGGGGGAGUCUUGUGUAUUUUCGGAAGAAAAUACAUGGUAGGGCAGUUCGUGGGUUGUUCAAGUGGGUCAAGAUAGGCAAAGGUAUGUUUGUC